UUUAGUUUCCGCCUUUUCCCUAAUUCGAAAAAAUCCGCGUACUUCAUGGCGCUAAUAGUCUGCCGGAAAGACAUAGCUUACCUGAACCAAUUCUUUCCGUCUAAAUUUGCACAAACUAUCAAAUUUAUACACACCGAAACUUUAGUAAGCCAUCUUAAGAACUGCUCUAAUUUCCCAGAUCUACAAUCCCUUCAAGCCUCAAUGAUCAAAUCAGAUAAUAUUAAAGAUUGUUAUGUAAUGACCCAAUUUAUCAGCGUUUGUUCUUCCCUUAAUCAGAUAGAUUAUGCUAAUUUAGCUGUUACCCAGAUGAAAUCUCCUAAUGUUUUUGUGUAUAAUUCAUUGAUUAGAGGUGUAAUUGAUUGGGGAAGACCAAUUCAAGCUUUGAAAUUAUACUUGAAAAUGUUGAGAACUUCAAUUUACCCAACUAGUUAUACUUUAUCGCCAUUAAUUAAGGCUUGUGGUCAAGCGUUUGAUUUGAAAACUGGGGAAUGUGUUCAUUGUCAUGCUUGGAAAUUGGGGUUUGAUGCUCAUGUCUUUGUGUUGACUGCUUUGGUUGAUUUUUAUGGGAAACUUGGUAGGCUUGUUGAAGCACGGAAGGUGUUCGAUGAAAUGCCUGAGAGAGAUACUUUUGCGUGGAGCACUAUUGUCUCGGUUCAUGCUCGGGGUGGAGAUAUGGCUUCUGCGAGGAACUUGUUUGAUGGGAUGCCUCAGAGGAAUGCUACUGCCUGGAAUACUAUGAUUGAUGGGUACGCGAGGCUAGGGGAUGUUGAGGCUGCGGAGUUGUUGUUUGAUCAGAUGUCUGAAAAGGAUUUGGUUUCGUGGACUACUAUGAUCGCGUGUUAUACUCAGAACAAAGAGUACAAAAAGGCGUUGGCUGCCUAUGAUGAGAUGCUGAAGAAUGGGAUCUGCCCUGAUAAGAGGACAUUAGCAACAGUAGUUUCAUGCUGUGCACAUCUAGGAGCUCUUGAUUUAGGAAGGAAGAUUCAUUUCUAUAUUGUACGAGAGGGGUUUUUACUCGAUGUUUAUAUUGGGUCUGCGUUGGUAGACAUGUAUGCCAAGUGUGGGAAAUUAGAAAGAUCGCUUGUGAUCUUUUUCAACUUAAGGGAGAAAAACCUCUAUUGUUGGAAUUCUAUCAUUGAAGGGCUUGCGGCUCAUGGGUAUGGAAAAUUAGCGAUUGCUAUGUUUGAUAAAAUGUUAGAGGAGAUUGUUAAACCUAAUGGGGUAACUUUUAUUAGUGUUCUUAGUGCAUGCACUCAUGCAGGGCUAGUCGAAGAAGGUCGUGAGAUAUUCCAAAGCAUGAUUAAUGAUUUUCAAAUUUGUCCAGAGCUAAAGCAUUAUGGCUGUAUGGUUGAUCUACUAUGCAAAGCUAAGUUGCUCGAAGAUGCAUUAGAACUGAUUAAAAGUAUGAAAAUUGAACCAAAUUCAGUUAUCUGGGGUGCUCUAUUAAGUGGCUCUAAGCUAUGUCAGAACUUAGAGAUUGCUGAACUAGCCGUCAGUAAGCUAAUGGAGUUGGAGCCUGAUAACUGUGGUUACUAUAGCCUGCUACUUAGCAUGUAUGCUGAAGCAAGUAGGUGGAGUGAGGUUAAAAAAAUCAGGGCUAUUAUGAGGGAACAAGGGAUAGAGAAAAGUUUUCCUGGAUCUAGUUGGAUUGAACUGGAAAAUGAAUUGCAUCAGUUUGUUGCUGCUGAUAAAUCUCACCCUGCAUCCAAUGAGAUAUGUAUUUUGCUUGAUGAAUUGUAUAGACAGCUGAAGCCUGCAUCUGUAUCUAUCUGAAAAUGACCGAGUGAUUAUAUGAUCAAAUUUGCGUAUAAUUCAUUGCAAAAAAUCCUCUUGAGAGUACCACAUGCCAUGAUAGAGUGAACUCUGCUAGAGUAAGAGUUUCAGCACAUUCGGCUAGAGUAAACUCUUAUACACAGCUGAUUUUGGGUCUGCAGUUUAUGCAGAACGAUUAGAAAUACCAACAUACACCUCACAACUACAAACCUUGUAAAUUCUUGAGUGUAAACUCAUUUUUGAGAAUGGUAGCUUUGGGAAUUUGAGUCAAUAAUUGUUAACUAGAACAAAGAGAGAGAUGGCUGUUUGGUUAAAAAAAAAAUCCUAUGAAUGUUGUCUGAGUAUUCAAGCACUGAUUGUACUUUGUCUUCAGAUUUGAGUUUGAUAGCUAUGCUGGAAAAUGGACGAACUAAAUUUGACAAGGAAAGUGCAAAUCAUGCCGCCACCCAGAGUAUUCCACAUAUUAUCAAAAAGUUGGAAGAGUUGGUGUCCAGUACAGGGAAGGUUCACUUUGGUUAAGGCCUGUUAGAAGUAGGAGUUCCUGUAUGUGUGUGGCGUUUUCUUUGCUGCAAAGAUCUGGUUCAAACAUCAAUACCUACAAAAUACAAAUAGCUUGACAAGAAUUGGCAUAUGGGUAAGCUUUUGCUGGGACAAAUUGCUUUCUUGCUCCCUUAUAUUAAAGAUUUGAAAAAUGCAAAUGUAUAUGCUGCUUGCUGUUAAUUAUGGCACUAAACUGUCUGCAUGUGUUGUGCUUUAGUCUCUACUCAUGAUUUAUACUAUUAGUAGUUGUAAUGCCUAAUACCCCUACUGGAUAAUACUUCAAUACUAUAUUGGUAAUUGGAUCCCAAUUUAUUCCCAAAAGGAAACUCUGGUAGUAGAGCUGUAGAUGGUGGCUUGGUUGCCGUGGUUGGUUUGAAGCAUUUAUUGGCUUCUGGUGCUUAGUAGGUCGGUCACUACAACUUAUCGUUAUCUUCUCAAACUUGAUUGCUGAUUAAUUUCAACUUAAAACAUAUCGUACUCUAAUUACUAUUUAGAGUACAAACUCAAGUCUUUUGUCUCAAAAAUUCAGAUUAGUCGGAGUCUAAUCGACCUAUUAGGACUUCCGGGCAAGGUAACCUAAAGAAAACCACACAUCAACUUAUGCUCAAUUUCAGACGCUAAGCAAAAUUAGCCUAGG